AAGGGAAGAAGAAGAGCAAUUUUCAUUUAAGAAACAUAUAAGGGGCAAAAUCUAAAACGUAAAUAUGUCGUACGUUUUAAACAACGCAAUUCGUCGCCAAAUUAGCGGUAUUGCCGCCAGGAAUAUGUCCGGCACUGCCGCCGUGGCUGGAGAACAUUCGGGUGGCUACAAGGUCUGGAAGCGUUUGUCCUUCUUCGUGGCCAUGCCAGCUGUCGGUCUGUGCAUGCUGAACGCUUACCUGAAGCACCAGGAGGAGCACGACCAUCCUCGUCAGGAAUUCGUGAAGUACGAUUACCUGCGCCGCCGUGAGAAGCGCUUCCCCUGGGGCGAGGGCAACAAGAGCUUGUUCCACAAUCCCCACGUUAACCCCCUGCCCGAUGGCUAUGAGCACUAAGCGUCUACCCCACUCUUUGUAAAGGUGUUGCAGUUGUUGGUAACUUGCCUUGACUGCCUUAAUCACACUCAAUGUAUUUAACAUAUUGUAAGCUGUAAUUAAUGUGGAAAUACACACAAACCCAAACACAUUCGACAAACUUGACUACAAAUAAAGAGUGACAAACCGCA